GCUAAAAUUCAGCUUGAGCAUGAGCAUGGCGUCCAAUCUCCUACCGAAGUCCAUGAAAGCAGUUGGUCUUUACACAAACUUACCGAUUGCAGAUGCAGAAAGCCUUUUGGAUUUGAAAGUACCUCUUCCGAUUUUGAGGAGUACUGACGUUCUAGUGGAAGUGAAAGCAAUAUCUGUCAAUGGUAUUGAUACUAAGCAAAGAUCCAAACCAGUGCCCCCGACGUUUGAACUGCCUCGAAUUUUGGGCUCUGAUGGAUCCGGUGUUAUCGUUGCGAAAGGUGAAAAAUGUAAGUAUUUUAAGGUUGGCGACGAAGUAUUUUUCAUAGCCGAUUUGCGAAGGAACGGCCCAAACGCUCAGUAUGUUGCUAUAGAUGAAAUUAUGGUUGGAUUAAAACCGAAGAACAUAACAUUUGAGGAAGCGGCUGCCAUAUCGUGGACCGGCGUCACCGCUUACGAAUCUUUGUAUGAACGGUUGCUGAUUUCCAACAAGGAUAAAGGAAAAACUUUAUUGAUUAUCAAUAGCGGCGGAGGAGUUGGUUCUGUGGCGUCUCAGUUGGCUAUGAACUUGGGACUGAAGGUUAUAGGAACUGCUGCCCGCUCGGAAACGAAAGCUUUCAGUCUUCAAAAUGGAGCAGAUAUUGUUCUUAAUCACAUUAAGGAUUUACUUCCACAAUUGGAAGCACAAGGAUAUAUUAAUGGGAUAGAUUUUAUUUUGGUCAACUAUAACCCUUAUCCUUAUUGGGACACUUUAAUGGCGGUUGCUAAGCCUCAAGGUAGAAUUUGUUUUCUUUGCGACAGCAGUGGUUUAGUUGACAUAAAACAACUUAAAGAAAAAAGCCUCACGCUUGUCGCCGAGAUGAUGGCAACUAGAAUGAAAUAUAACACUGAAGACAAGUACAGAUAUCGUGAAAUCCUGGAGGAUAUAAGUAAGAUGCUUGAAGCAGGGAAAUUGAAGUCUACAUUGACUAAGAUCAUGUCACCAAUAAACGCUGAAAAUCUGAAAGAGGCGCAUAGAAUGAUAGAAGAGAAAAAAUCGAUUGGUAAGAUUGUUCUUAGUGGAUUUUGA